AGCGGAAACAUAGAUAAUCUAAAUUCUCAAAUGCAGAGAUUAAAAUUGUCUCAAAGCUUAAACUUGAAAGUUUUUUGUAGAAAACAAGUAACAUAUAAGAAUAUGCACGAUCUGUUAUAUUACGCCGAAGAAUAAUUGGAUGUUUUUAUGCGGUCUUAAAUAAAGAAUUAGUUAACUGCGUUUUAUAUUUCGCACAGGCGACAUGGCUUUUAGCUGAAAACGAAAGAAAGAUGAAGAUCUGGAUAUACGUUGCAACAAUUAUUGCAGCAUCACAGCUGUUUGUUUUGGUGACAUGUGAAAACGACGAUGAGGAGCCGCAUAGCUACACUAUAUCAUUCUUUCAAUUUGACCCGAAAGCGCUCGGCGUUGGAGAUGACGUUAAAAAGGAGAGCAAAAAAGACAUCAAACCAAGUGACGCUAACUUAAUGCAACAACUAAGCAACAACACCGUCACUGACGUUAGCAAUAACACCGUCACUGACGUUAGCAACAAGACUGUCACUGAUGUUAGCAAUAACACCGUCACUGACGUAAACAACAACACCGUCAUUGACGUUAGCAACAAAGCUGCUCGUAGAAAUGCUACCACGGAAUAUAAAGAAAGUCAUAAGCAUUUUAACGAUACCGAUGAAAAUACGGAAAAGGGGAAACAACAUAAAACUGAAAAUAAAAACACUGAUUACACCGAAUAUAAGAAGAAUGGGACCGAAACGGAGAACAAAAAGAUAACUGGACCGGAGAGCAAGAUGGAAGAUAAAAGCUCGGCCAAAAAUGUUUCCAUACCAACAGCGGUAAACAACGCAACGAUGACGCAAAACAAAACAAGCGGAGAUAAAAGAUCUCGAGUCAAACACACGAGUAAAAAACACGCCAUACAAAACGUGAAACAAACUGCGUUAAAGAAAGAUGUACUUAACCCGAACCCGAGGCCGUCUCAAAGUGAGGCUGAAAUGAAUUUACACGUCCCACAGUAUCAAGGUACUCCAACAGAGAAGGAAACCAAUGUAAAAGUUGACAAAAACGUGCCUUUGUUUCAAGCAAAUAAUACGGUAGCCGAAAAAAACAACAACACCGCUAGCGUGAAGGACAACACUGUUACGUUGAAAAAGACAGGUGAUAGCCAAAACCCAGAGGUGGAAGUUGACAAGAAUAAUUCUUCUGGUGAUGGCAAAGAGGAAGAGAAAAAGGUUGAAAAAGAAAAAAUUUCUAACCAGACGAAAGAAAGUGGGAACGAGAAGGAGAAAGAAGAAAACAAAGGCAUGAAAAGCGAGGAAGAAAAAGAAUUAGCCAAAGAUACUCAAACUGUCGAGGUGAAAAAAAUGGAGGAGAAAAAAACGAAGAAUCUGAAGAACUCAACAAAAGAAAACGCGCAGCCGGCCUCAGCGAAAAAUGACACACAGACUGCAAAAGAAGAAGAGGCGCAAAGACUCGCCAAGUUAGAAAAAGAUAAAAAAAUCAAUAAAGAAAUUAAAGAAAACGCUAAGAAGAUUCAUGACGUAAAAGACACAGUCGCAAAUGAUACUGUAUCUAAAAAAGCCAACAACACCGUCGUAAAAGGAAUCAAGAAAGAAAAACUAGGAAAAGGGAGACAUAAUACGAAUGUGAUGAAACCAGCUGGUAUGACGUAUACAGAUGAAGAUGAUGACGCGGACGCUAAAGAUCGAGUUGCACGACAUCGAGAAUUAGUUUCCCAUUUUGUACCCACGUACAAUGUUAACCCAAAAGAUCACGGAUUGGGCUUUCAACUUGGUUCCUUAAAACACCCCAAACAUGAUAUAUACCCACAGUGCCACCACUGCCGCAGAAAUUCAACAUAUUCACAGUGCGUGCGGAGAUCCACUUUAAAGUCAUGUAAGAAUGGUUUGAAUAAUAUUUGCUUCAGUAAAUCCGUAAAAAAACAUGGUGUCGUUACGUACCAAAUGGGAUGUGCGGAUCACAAGCGAUGUAGCACAGCACGUGCGUUCCCCUGCAAAGACGGAUCACGUGAUUGUUUUACUUGCUGCCAGUUCGACCGCUGCAACUCAAGUCCUCACCAUGGUGAUUACGAGUUGGACGAGUUAAAUAUGGAUGAACUAACACUCGAUACCAGCUUGGCGAGCAACGUUAAACCCGACUGGUUUUAUCAUUUCUGUGUUAUCCUCGUGAAUGUUCUCGUUCUUCGGGUGGUAUUGUAAUCAGAUAUAAAACUGUUUUGUAAAUAUGUUAUACAUGUAUUUUGUAGAUACUCUAUCCAAUGAAAUCAAUACUGACCUAGUAA